UAGUAGUGACUGUUGCGUUGCCCACUACAAUCAUGGCGUAUUACAAUAAGUCGCCCUGGGCGGGGUUGGAAGAUAAGGGGAGAUGGGGAGGAGGGGGAGGGGAUAUCCCCCCUUCCAUGCGCACGAGCGAGAAGGCUCGUUCUCGGUGGCGGAUUGGAGGUGCCUGCUUGCGGUACGUCCCCCGAUGUCUUGCGCGAUGGAUGGUCCAGCGUUUUAUGGCCGGCAAGCCGGGUCUGAAGCCAUCGUCCGCUGCCUCGAAGCGAUUCGGCUUGCAAACCGUUACUCUGGGCAUUUGCUUCUUAUUCAGCAUGAUGUACCUGAUGAGCUUGUCGUCCUCUACUACGGUGGCGGGGCUUCUGGAAGUGCUGACUGCGCCGCUGGCGCAUGCGGCAGGGCUUUUCGCGCUAGGCACGGAAUCGAUCCGCUCAUUCAGAUCACGCCACGUGGCGCCGGUAAUGCAAGCUGUCAUCAACGUGCUGAUCGUCGUGUUCGCUGUGCAGUCCUUGGACACUCUCAUCAUGACUCUCAUCUCGUUCUACCUCUCCAGCACCGGUUGGAGACCUCCGGUGGUCGCUCCUCUGAAGCAACCGCGCUCGUCGGAUCCCGAGGAUCCUGCGAGCGAGGCGGACACAACUUACCCGCGCGUGCUGAUACAGAUCCCUAUGUUUAACGAGAUAGAGUGCUACAAGAUAUCGAUCGGCGCGUGCUCGCAGCUGGACUGGCCGCGGGAGAAGCUGGUCAUCCAGGUGCUGGACGACUCGAACAAGGAAGAGAUCAAGGACAUGGUGAAGGAGGAGGUGAGCAGAUGGCAGAGGCUGGGCGUUAACAUCGACUACCGCCACAGGGUCGAUCGGACGGGGUACAAGGGCGGGUCUUUGAAGGAAGGCAUGAAGGCGCCGUACGUGAAGGAGUGCGACUUCGUGGCUGUGUUUGACGCCGAUUUCCAGCCACGACCUGACUGGCUGCUGAGGACGGUGCCGUACUUCAAGGACGAUCCUCGGCUCGCUCUCGUUCAGACCCGCUGGGAGUACAGCAACCAGUGGUGCAACCUGCUGACCCGCUUCCAGUUCAUCAACAUGUCGUAUCACUUCCAGGUGGAGCAGCAGGUCAUGGGAGCCACAAUGGGCUUUUUCGGCUUCAACGGAACUGCGGGCAUCUGGAGGAUCGCGGCCGUGAACGGCUGCGGAGGGUGGGACGUGCGGACCACCGUCGAAGACAUGGACAUCGCUGUCCGCGCGCACAUCCACGGGUGGAAGUUCAUUUUCCUCAACGACGUGCGCGUGCCUUCUGAGCUGCCUCAGACCCUGGAAGCGUACACGCGUCAGCAGCACAGAUGGCAUGCUGGGCCGAUGAACCUGUUCCGGCUGCUGUUCAAGGACAUCCUCAGGUGCAAGACGCUGACGCUGUGGAGCAAAUUCAAUCUCAUCGUUCUCUUCUUCUUCGUGAGGCGUCUCCUGGUCCCCACUGUCAAUUUCCUGCUCUUCGUCGUCCUCCUCCCCCUCUCUCUCUUCGUCCCCGAGGCUGACAUCCCUCUCUGGGUCACCUACACUUUCCCCAUGUUCUUGUCCUUCUUCAGGAUGCUGCUGUGCCCACUGCUCUUCCCCUACAUGUUCCCCUACCUCUUCUUCGAGAACACUAUGGUCAUGACGAAGCUCAGUGCCAACAUCCAAGGGCUGUUCGGGUUCGGCCGCGUGAAUGAAUGGAAGGUCACGGAGAAGGUUGGGGCCUUGGCCAAGCCUGGCGAUGUGGUGGUCCCCACCACCAUGAUGAAGAAGAAAUCCAUGAAGUUCUUCAAGGCACAGCUUUUCAUGUCCUUGUUCCUCCUGCUGGCUGCCGUCCAGAGUCUCGCGAUCGAGAGGGGCAUCCACUUCUACGUCUUCUUGUUCCAGGCCCUGACCUUCUUCGCAUUCGGAUGCGAUCUGCUUAGCGAACACAGCUAAUGUACUCCAACUUGAAUGAAUGAUUAGUGCUAGC